GGCACGAUAAAACCGCCGGAAGCCCCGUUGACUUAAACAGGCUACGUUACGUUGUUCUUCCUCUUCUAUCGCUACCGUUGUGGGGGAAAGUCAGUGGCCGACAUGUCGUCCCACAAGACUUUCAAAAUCAAGCGCUUUCUCGCCAAAAAGCAGAAGCAAAACAGGCCCAUUCCUCAGUGGAUCAGAAUGAAGACUGGCAAUAAAAUCAGGUACAACUCCAAGAGGAGACACUGGAGGAGGACCAAGCUGGGUCUGUAAACGUGACCUUCCUGCUGAAUCCACCCUCCAUUUCAUCGAAGGACCAUGUCGGGUGGACCCGCACCUGCUUUGUACACACUCUGGUUCUACGUUCAUGUUUGAAAAUAAAAGAUCUGUUAUCAAACAAAUACUU